AUGGCUUUCAUGUUCCCCUCAACAUUUUUUUUUCUUGCUUGAUGUUAUUGAGUCUUAGAGUGCCAUUUCUCAGGCUCUGUAUUUCUUUCUCUGAGGCGUAGAAACCUUGCUCUGUCCUCGAAGCAGUAUUGUUCCUCCUUAUAUGGGUUAAGGACUUCCUCAGAUGUGUUUUUCCCUCCUCCAAGUCUCUUUGAAACCAGCAAGACUGGGGUUAUGAAGUCAAUCCUAGAUGGCCUCGCAGAUACAACUUUCCGAACAAUUACAACAGAUCUCCUUUACGUGGGCUCCAACGAUAUCCAGUACGAAGACAUGAAAGGCGACAUGGCAUCCAAGCUGGGAUACUACCCCCAGAAGUUCCCCCUCUCCUCCUUCAGGGGUGAUCCUUUCCAAGAAAAAAUGACUGCGGGAGAUGAUCCCCUGCUGAGCAUUAUUCCCUCAGACCAGAUCAAUAUCACAGAGUUUUACAACAAGUCCUUGUCCACGUUUAAGGAUAAUGAGGAGAACAUACAGUGUGGGGAGAACUUCAUGGAUAUGGAGUGCUUUAUGAUCCUGAACCCCAGCCAGCAGCUGGCCAUCGCCGUUCUGUCGCUCACCCUGGGUACCUUCACGGUCCUCGAGAACCUCCUGGUCCUGUGUGUCAUCCUCCACUCCCGAAGCCUCCGGUGUAGGCCCUCCUACCACUUCAUCGGCAGCCUGGCUGUGGCCGACCUCCUGGGCAGCGUGAUUUUUGUCUACAGUUUUGUUGAUUUCCAUGUUUUCCACCGGAAGGACAGCCCGAACGUCUUCUUGUUCAAACUGGGUGGAGUUACAGCCUCCUUCACCGCCUCCGUAGGUAGCCUUUUCCUCACGGCAAUAGACCGGUACAUCUCUAUACACAGGCCACUCGCUUACAAAAGGAUUGUUACCCGACCAAAGGCUGUCGUAGCGUUUUGUGUGAUGUGGACCAUCGCCAUCGUAAUAGCCGUUCUUCCCCUGCUCGGCUGGAACUGCAAAAAGCUCAACUCCGUGUGUUCAGACAUAUUCCCUCUCAUCGACGAGACGUACCUGAUGUUCUGGAUCGGGGUCACCAGCGUCCUCUUGCUGUUCAUUGUCUAUGCCUACAUGUACAUACUGUGGAAGGCGCACAGCCACGCUGUUCGCAUGAUUCAGCGUGGCACGCAGAAAAGCAUAAUCAUUCAGACUACGGAGGAUGGUAAAGUACAGAUCACUAGGCCUGAUCAAACUCGUAUGGACAUCAGGUUAGCCAAAACCUUGGUCCUUAUUCUAGUCGUUUUAAUCAUAUGCUGGGGCCCUCUCCUCGCCAUAAUGGUGUACGAUGUCUUUGGGAAAAUGAACAAGCUCAUCAAGACUGUCUUUGCCUUCUGUAGCAUGCUCUGUCUGCUGAAUUCGACAGUGAAUCCCAUCAUCUACGCUCUGAGGAGCAAGGACUUACGACAUGCCUUCCGCAGCAUGUUCCCCACCUGCGAAGGGACUGCACAGCCUCUGGAUAACAGCAUGGAGUCUGACUGCCAGCACAAACACGCCAACAACACGGGGAACGUGCACAGGGCUGCCGAGAGCUGCAUUAAGAGCACAGUUAAGAUUGCCAAAGUGACCAUGUCUGUCUCCACAGACACGACUGCUGAAGCAUUGUAA